CCCUCGCAGCCCACCGGCCUCAUUCCCUCUCGCGCUUCUCUCCUUUAUAUUUGGGACUAAUUCCUCCUCGUAAUCAAAAGAAAAAUGGCGUCCCACAUUGUUGGUUAUCCUCGCAUGGGGCCAAAGAGAGAGCUCAAGUUCGCUUUGGAAUCUUUUUGGGACGGGAAGAGCAGUGCAAAUGAUUUGCAGAAGGUUUCUGCUGAUCUCAGGAGUUCUAUUUGGAAACAAAUGUCUGAUGCUGGGAUCAAAUACAUUCCAAGCAACACCUUCUCAUACUAUGAUCAAGUUCUUGACACAACGGCGAUGCUAGGUGCUGUUCCGAAGAGGUAUGGUUGGAAUGGAGGAGAGAUUGGCUUCGACACCUACUUCUCUAUGGCAAGAGGAAAUGCCACCCUUCCUGCUAUGGAGAUGACCAAGUGGUUUGACACCAACUACCACUUCAUUGUACCUGAAUUGAGCCCAGAUACGGCAUUCUCCUACUCUUCUCACAAGGCUGUGACUGAAUACAAAGAGGCAAAAGCGCUUGGAGUUGAUACAGUUCCAGUACUCAUCGGACCUGUGUCUUAUUUGUUGCUCUCGAAACCUGAGAAAGGAGCAGAAAAAUGCUUUUCUACCCUUUCACUAUUGGACAAAGUUUUGCCUGUUUACAAGGAGGUUAUUGCUGAGUUGAAGGCAGCAGGUGCUUCAUGGAUUCAGUUUGAUGAACCAACCCUUGUGUUAGAUCUCGAGUCUGACAAGUUACAAGCAUUCACUAAGGCAUACUCAGAAUUAGAAUCAUCAUUUUCUGGUCUGAAUGUGCUCGUUGUGAGCUACUUUGCUGAUGUUCCAGCUGAGGCAUACAAGACUCUUACUGGCUUGAAUGGCAUAUCUGGUUUUGGAUUUGAUCUUGUUCGUGGAACCAAGACUCUUGACUUGGUCAAAAGUGGCUUCCCUUCGGGAAAGUAUCUCUUUGCCGGAGUUGUAGAUGGAAGGAACAUUUGGGCCAAUGAUCUUACUGUAUCCCUCGACACACUUAAUGCUCUUGAAGCUGUUGUCGGCAAAGACAAGCUAGUGGUGUCAACCUCUUGCUCUCUGAUGCACACUGCUGUUGAUUUGGUGAAUGAAACUAAGUUGGAUGAUGAAAUCAAAUCUUGGUUGGCAUUUGCCGCACAAAAGGUGGUAGAAGUGAACGCUUUGGCUAAGGCAUUGGCUGGUCAGAAGGAUGAGGCCUUCUUCUCAGCAAAUGCUGCUGCUCAGGCUUCAAGAAAAUCAUCCCCUAGGGUUACUAAUGAGGAAGUCCAGAAAGCUGCUGCUGCACUUAGGGGCUCUGACCAUCGCCGGGCUACAAAUGUUAGUGCCAGAUUGGAUGCACAGCAGAAGAAGCUGAACCUUCCUAUCCUUCCAACCACAACUAUUGGUUCAUUCCCUCAGACGAUUGAACUCCGAAGGGUGCGCCGUGAGUACAAGGCAAAGAAGAUUUCUGAGGAGGAAUACGUAAAGGCCAUCAAGGAGGAAAUCAGCAAAGUUGUCAAGUUGCAGGAAGAGCUUGACAUUGAUGUCCUGGUUCAUGGAGAACCUGAGAGGAACGACAUGGUUGAGUACUUUGGGGAGCAGCUAUCUGGCUUUGCAUUCACUGCCAACGGCUGGGUGCAAUCAUAUGGUUCUCGAUGUGUUAAGCCACCGAUCAUCUAUGGUGAUGUGAGUCGUCCUAAAGCCAUGACUGUGUUCUGGUCCUCAAUGGCCCAGAGCAUGACCUCACGCCCCAUGAAGGGAAUGCUCACUGGUCCAGUGACAAUCCUCAACUGGUCGUUUGUCAGAAAUGACCAGCCAAGAUUUGAGACUUGCUACCAGAUUGCUCUUGCCAUCAAGAAGGAAGUAGAAGAUUUGGAAGCUGCAGGAAUCAAUGUAAUUCAAAUAGAUGAAGCAGCUCUAAGAGAGGGGUUGCCUCUUCGCAAAUCUGAGCAUGCUUUCUAUCUUGACUGGGCUGUGCACUCCUUCCGUAUCACCAACUGUGAGAUCAAGGAUACUACUCAGAUUCACACCCACAUGUGCUACUCCAACUUCAACGACAUCAUCCACUCCAUCAUCGACAUGGACGCUGAUGUGAUCACAAUCGAAAACUCCCGAUCCGACGAGAAGCUCCUCUCUGUUUUCCGCGAGGGUGUCAAGUACGGUGCUGGAAUUGGCCCCGGAGUGUACGAUAUUCACUCUCCUAGGAUUCCAUCGACUGAAGAAAUCGCUGACCGCAUCAACAAAAUGCUCGCUGUUCUCGAGUCCAAUAUUCUCUGGGUGAACCCAGAUUGUGGGCUUAAGACCCGUAAAUAUGCCGAGGUUAACCCUGCACUUACAAACAUGGUUGCUGCUGCUAAGCAGCUGCGCAAGGAGUUGAGCAGUGCCAAAUGAACAACUUAGAGAGAGAGAUGUUUAUUUGGUUGCCUAUUUGAAUAACUUGGGUUUCUGUUUUGUUGGUUGGUAUUUUAGAUUUGUUGAGGGAAGUGUAAGAGGAUGUUUAGAGUGACUACUUGUUUUCAUUGAGAGUAAGCUAAGUUUCUGUAGGCAUAUAUGCUUGUUGGAUUGUUUUGAGCUUUUUAUAUGGAGAGCUCUGAUGGUUUUCCGCAUUACUGAAAUCUAUGAGAGUUUUUGGUUUGAAAGUUCAA